UUUGUUUAUUACAACAUGAUGACCGUGUAGCAUUGACUACAUUUCUGUUGCUGGUUCCUGAUCGUGGUGGUUCCUGUCUCUGGAUGUAUGGGCUUCUCCUGCUUCGCGCUCCCUGGGACGUCUGGUCUCCUAAGACCCUCUUGAUCUGGGAUGGGGGACAGUGAGGAUGUCCGAGGGCUGGAGGGUCCUGGAUCGCUGAAAAGGGGAGGCUGACCUCUCCUCCCCCUACCCCCAACCCACAGAUUUCCUCAUCUGCCAUGACACCUUCCGGUGGGUGGGGAUGUGUGUGGGCAAACUGGCAGACUGGGAACCAUGGAGUCUGAGGAAAUCUACACGAAGAAGAAGGUCAAGAUGCAGGCGGCAGCCUUCAAAGACAAGAAACAGAGGGCCCCAGCCAAUAAGGAAGGUGCAGAUAACCCUGACUAUGAGAAUAUCACCUUGACCUUCGGAAACCAGGACCAGCUGAAGGGCAGGCAUUCACCAUCCAAGGAUCAGCACAAGCAGCCACCUGCCAACACACACCACGCAGCCUUGGGAGGGGCCCAUGUCCCCACCCUGUCUAGGCGGCCCUCGGACUCCGCCCAGGUCCCUCAUUGUCUGCACAGAGCCCUUAAGAGCCUGCACAUCAUUCUCAUCCUGUCCUGUGUCAUUCUCUUGGCAGUGGUCCUGGCAAAGAAUUCUGAGAUGUCCCGGGAGUUGCUGGUCUUGAAGACGGAGCUCUGGAAUGUCUCCACCUUGGUGCGCGAGUGUCAGAAGGAGCAGAAUCAGGGCUGGAGCUCGGUCCGGCAGCUCGUCACGGAGGCCAAGCAGGACAUUAAUGUGGUCAAGAGAGAUGUCCAGACCGAGGGUGAUAAAGUGAAGACGCUAUCAGGAGAUAUGAAACAAAUCAAGAAUAAGUUAGAAGAAAUCUCCAAGGCCCUGGAGAAGAGCCCAAGCUCAUAGACCUCAAUAGAUGGAGAGACCUCGAAGACCCGGCUGCACCUCCCAGUGAAGCCGGCCACAUGUGUGUAUCAUGGUGUGUUGUGAGCGUAAUACAUGGCACAGUGGGGGGCUGUGUCAGCAAGGACCCCCAAAAGUGUGUCACUGUGAAUGCGGGUGUUGGCAACAUGGGGAGCCCGGUGACCACGUGCGAGUGUCCUGUGGUGUGUUGUAUAAAUGUGUCCUGGUGGAGCUGUGUGGGGGGCACCCUGUGUACCACUAUGAUUGUGGUGUCAUUGCUUGUGUUGGUGUGAACAGGCGUGUGCCAAGAUGUGUGACUGAUCAUGUCAUCGAGGGUGUUCAGAGCCUGUACACAUGUAUGCCCCUUUGUUUCUGCACUCACGGUUUGUGAUUUGUGAGGAUAAAGGCCAAUGCAAAAGAA